AUGGAUGCCAUUUAUCAACAUGCAGAUGAGAGUAAAUUAAAUUUUAAUGUGCCUAAAGGAGAGCCGUUACAUAAAGUCUGGGACUCUCUGUGGGAACAGUGCGAGGCGGCAAACGAAAGACUAGAAGGUCGUAAAACAUGCCUUCCUAGGCCCAAUACCAAAAAUAUUUCUAAUAUAAUGAAAAUGUUGACCGUGUUUCAGAAUGAGGUCAAAGGUAGAGAUGGCCAGUCCUCUAUUGAUGACCCCUGUAAGAGCUGUGGGCUCAGUAAGUCUAAACAGGAGCUCCUAGAGAACAACUUCAACAGAAGAGGCAAAAUGAUUGAGUAUUUGUUGUCACGGUCAAGUUGCCAAUCACAAGUGGUGAAUCCAAACCAACUUUCUAUAUAUCCUUAUGUUUAUAAUGAAGAGUUAGAGAAUGAAGAAACAGGUGGUAGUAAAGACUAUAGUGUUAUGCCAGUUAAGUCAAGUCCUCUGCCAGUCAAAUCAAGUUCUAUGCCAGUAACGUCUGUUCCUAUACCUGUCAAGUCAAGUCUUCUGCCAGUUGAGUCAAGUCCUAUCCCAGUCAAGUCAACAGCAUUUGUCCAGCAGAGCCCUUACCCUCAGGAAAGGGAUACCCAAUAUAAAGAAAGCCUAACUAAUACACUAGUACAACUGUUGCCAAACUUUACAAAAUACGACCACAACAAAAACCCUUUCACAAACAUGUCUGUAUUUGAAGAUGAAUGCUCCCAGCAUAACUUGGGUCCACGGGAAUCCUGCUUGAUGAUGAAAUUGUGGUUGCCCUCUCAGAUGUCAGCUCGCUUAACAUCUCCUGUUGGUAGACCAGAAGGAGGACCUCAGUUUUGGUCCAAUGAGGAUCACUGGGGUGAUAGGCAAGAUCGUCUUAAAGCACUUGCUGUCCUGGUCACUGGAGAUGAUGACUUUGGGAUUGAUAUUUUGGAAGACCUCAAGGUAACUCCACAUGAUGAUCCAUGGGAAUUUUCAAGGAAAUUCGAGCAGGCAUACCGGUUGGUAAUGGGACAUAAGGAUUCAGCUCUUCCACCUGCCAUGUUGAAGGCUUUGGUUAGUAAAUUUACAUUUUUGGACUGUGCCACACGGAUAGCUGCAUCUAAGGAAAGAACUGUGGAUGGCAUUGUAAAGAUAGUGGACAAAUACAGAAGAAAUCCUUGGGUGAACCAAUCAACAACGGUGAUCGAUCAAUUCAGUCCAACUCUGCAUCAAGAGUCGACAGCAGAAGAUGAUAAACCAAUAAGACUGGUGAAUUAA